UGGACCAUAAAUCUAAAACAUUAUUUAAAAAUGCCAUGUCACGGCAAAAAUAAAGCUUUGACCACAUUUUUAUAAAGAAUUUUUGGCGGUAAAAAUCACAUAAACAUACAUCGCAACAUCAUGCAGGGACUGGAUUGUUACUGGUGGGAGGCGGAAUAAAACCCAAUAACUGUCCAGUUUGAUUUAGUAGUUUACUCCUCGGGUACGUGUGAAGUCCUCACUGAAUGACGUUCAUUCUAUAAGCAGUGAGCUUCACCUCGAUGCCACAUUCACAUUCCCUGCGAUUAUAAAGCCCGGUUUGGCGCGGCUGACGCCAUUUUUAUCCCGAUCCGGAGCCAUGGCCAUGCUCAGAGUGUCUUCAUACCGCCGGCUGUUUGACGACGACAGGUGGAGUCCUAACGGAGGGCCGAGGCUGCGCCAGGCCUCCGCCAGGUGUGCCUCUGCAGACCAAUGUGGCUGUGAUAAAAUAGACUUUGUUGCAGCCAAAGCUCUGAACAAAGCGGGUCUGGACCAGUUCGUCCAGGAGCGGACCAACAUGGCUGCCCUCAACGACCGGCUGGCCAAACUCAUUGAGUUGGCUCACGGUUUGGAAGAGGAGAAGAGCUCUCUUGAAAGCCAGAUUGCUGAUCUGGAGGAGAAUCUGAACGGUCGAUCCGCCUUCACCGAAAUCACCUGCACUGCAGCGAAACCGAAGUUCAGCUUGGAGGCAGUGGUGGAAAAACUGCGCAGGCAGAGGGAUGAGAUUAUUUGUGACACAGAGGAGCUGAAGGAAGAGCUUGAAUGUCUCCAGAAGGAGUUUGAGAAAGCUGCACAUCAGAGGAUUGUCGUCCAGCAGGGACAACAAGAUGCUGCUGAGGUGGUCGAUGCUGUGACUGCAGAGUGUUUGGCUCUGAGGGACCAGGUGGCCGUCUAUGAGGAACAGCUGGCCAACAUGGAGACCCAACACAAGACGGAGGUGCAGAGCCAGCUGCAGCCAGAUGAAAAGGCGCUGGCUGCAGCUGAGAUCAGGUUUGGCAGCCCUGACAUCACCGCAGUCCUGGAAGUGAAGGAGUACCACCGCCAGCUGGCCGAAAGCCUCCAG